GUCUGUUUUGUUUCCUAGCAUUGAAUUCUAUUCCCUUCUAUUCCUUUUUUUUCCUCUGUAUUAUUUUAUUCAAUCCGUUUCGAUCGAAACCGACUGUGUGUCUCGCAGAAAUCAAGCCACGGCUAUCUUCUCUUGAUUUCCAUGGAAAAAACCCAAGUUGAUUUUGCCAUUAAUGGAGAGGAAGAUCUUUGAAGUUCUUUGAUGGCCAAUAAAGAUAAUCCGCAUCAAACCCAACAACAGGAGCAGCAGAAUCAGAUAUCUUAUGGGAUGAUGCAAUCUUCAUCUUCUUCUAUGCCUGGAAAUUUCAUAAGUAAAGAAGCUGGUGGGGCUUAUGAUUUGGGAGAAUUAGAUCAGGCCCUCUUUUUGUAUCUAGAAGGACAAGAUCAUCCAUCAGUUCAAGAACACAGACAGAGCUCCGGAGUCCGACCUACUUUGAAUAUUUUCCCCUCUGAGCCAAUGCAUGUUGAGCCUUCUACAAAGAGCGGCAUUGGUUUUGUUACUCCAACAAGUAGCAACUCUAAGAGACCAUCAGAAUCAUCCAUGGAACUAGCAAAUCAAAGAAAUGGCCCAUCAUCUGGGCCAGAACCAGGAAAAGAUGUCAAAGUAGGAUUAAAGCGGGAAGGAAAUAGAAAGGGCCCCACAUCUAGUUCAGAGCAUGAAGGACCCAAAACACCAGACCCAAAGACACUAAGGAGGCUUGCUCAGAAUAGAGAAGCAGCUCGGAAAAGCAGGCUAAGGAAAAAGGCUUAUGUUCAACAGCUAGAGACUAGUAGGGUUAAACUAACUCAGCUUGAGCAGGAGCUACAAAGGGCUAGAACUCAGGGCUUGUUCUUUGGUGGAGGUGCUGUUCUUGGGGAACAAGGUCUCCCUGUAGGUGCCGGCGGUCUGAGCUCAGAUGCAGCUGUCUUUGACAUAGAAUACACGAGGUGGCUUGAGGAACACCACCGGCUCAUGUGCGAGCUCCGAGCCGCCGUGCAGGAACACCUCCAGGAAAACGACCUGAGGCUAUUUGUCGACAACUGCCUGGCCCACUACGAUGAGCUGAUGAACAUGAAGAGCAUGGUCGUGAAAUCAGACGUCUUUCACAUUGUGUCUGGCAUGUGGAAGACACCCGCCGAGCGAUGCUUCAUGUGGAUGGGAGGAUUUCGGCCAUCCGAGCUCAUCAAGAUAUUAUUGAACCACAUAGAGCCAUUAACGGAGCAGCAGAUAGUGGGGAUAUGUAGUCUUCAGCAGUCCACACAAGAGGCAGAGGAAGCUCUUAGCCAAGGGUUGGAAGCUCUUCAUCAGUCUCUCUCAGACACCAUCGCUUCCGAUGCUUUGAGUGCUUCUAACAUGGCCAACUACAUGGGUCAGAUGGCCGUUGCCAUGAACAAGCUCUCCACCCUUGAAGGUUUCGUACGACAGGCAGAUAAUCUGAGGCACCAAAUGCUGCACCGGCUACACCAGAUCCUAACCACACGUCAAGCUGCCCGUUGCUUUCUAGCUAUAGCCGAGUAUUUCCACAGGCUCCGAGCACUCAGCUCUCUGUGGCUAGCCCGCCCAAGACAGGAAUGAUCUGAUCAUCAGCGAAAAGAAAAGAAAAAAGCCCUAAAAAGAAGUUCAAGUUCAAACAAACAGUAGAAGGGAAAAAGACAUUACAACCCUUACCACCAUUAGAGAUCCCACGACUCUCUUUGCAGAGAAAGAGAUAUGUAUAGAUAUAUAUAGAUAGAUACAUUUCAUUGCUGAAAAUGGCCUCAGCCAUCUCUCUC